AUGGCUGAAAGUAUUGUCACCGUUUUUCUAGAGAAGUUAACUGACCUGCUUUCCCAGGAAGCAUUUCUACUCAGCAGAGUGGAAGAGCAGGUGAAGCUGUUGAGUAGCGAGCUCGAAUGGAUGCGCCUUUUUCUCAAAGACGCGGAUGCGAAGCGCAGAUAUGAUCCAAGAAUCAAGCUCUGGGUGAGUCAGAUCAGGGACGUAACCUAUGACGCCGAAGAUGUCAUCGACAGGUUCAUGUUCGAGAUGAAUCACCAACAGCAAGGAAGUCUCAAAUGCCUCAAGUUCCUUAAGUUACGAUUUGUUCCCAAGCUCGAGUCUCGAAUCAGAGAGAUCAAUACCAAGAUUGAGAAGAUCAUGGCUAACAAAUCAAGGUACGGUGUCGAAACCUUACCAGCUGCAAGCUCGUCCAACGAAGUUGUGCCACAUAAAGAGAGGAGGGCUCCGAUUGUGGAAGAAGUCAACGUGGUGGGAAUUCAAGAGGAUGCAAAAAGCGUUAAGCAAAAUCUGCUUAAUGGAGAGAUGCGGAGAGCUGUGGUGUCCAUCGUGGGCAUGGGUGGCUUGGGAAAGACUACCCUGGCUAAGAAAGUCUAUAAUGAUAAUGAUGUCCGGGAGCUUUUGCUAGGCGUUGCUGUUUGUGUUAGGAUUCUCUCCGAAGAGGAAAGGAGUAAAAUGAACGAGAGCGAUUUGGGGAAUAGUCUUCGUGAUUACCUGACUACCAGGAAGUACUUGAUAUUUAUGGAUGAUAUGUGGAGAAAUGAAGCUUGGGAUAGGUUGGGCUUGUAUUUUCCUGACUCGGUGAAUGGCAGCAGAGUGUUGAUCACCUCACGCAAUAAAGAGAUUGGUCUUUAUGCUGAUCCACAAACCAUUCCCCAUGAACUUUCUUUUCUGACUGAAGAAGAGAGUUGGGAGCUCUUUCUCAAGAAAAUUUUUCUGGCUGGGAGUGCAAAUGCUGUUUGCCCCAGAGAAUUGGAAGAGUUGGGAAAGAAAAUUGUAGCAAAUUGUGGGGGUUUGCCCCUUGCAAUUGUGGUCUUGGGAGGCCUUCUAUCAAGAAAAGAAAAGACACCGCUCUCCUGGCAAAAAGUACUGGACAGCCUAACUUGGCACCUAAAUCAAGGUCCAGACUCAUGUUUGGGGGUCCUUGCUUUAAGCUACAAUGAUAUGCCGUAUUACUUGAAGUCCUGUUUCCUUUACUGUGGUCUUUUCCCAGAAGACUCAGAAAUCAGGACAGAUAAGUUGAUCCGCUUGUGGGUUGCAGAAGGGUUUAUACAAAGAAGAGGAGAAGAAAUAGCGGAAGACGUCGCGGAAGAUCACUUACAGGAAUUGGUACAUAGAAGCAUGAUUCAAGUGGCUGCCAGGAGUUUCGAUGGAAGAGUGAUGUCCUGUCGCAUGCACGAUCUGCUUCGAGACCUUGCCAUUUCUGAGGCCAAAGAUACAAAAUUUUUCGAGGGAUAUGAAAGCAUUGAUUCUACAUCCCCUGUUAGUGUUCGUCGACUAACCAUUCAUCAGGGAGAGGAAAUGUUAACCUUGCCGCACCUCAUGCCUUUCUCAGACCACACCUACCUUUACCAUCUAAGUUUAAGUGGAAGGCUCGAAAGGUUCCCUGAUGAAAUUGAAUUCUACCCUCCAAACCUCAUCUCCUUGGAAUUGGAAUGUUUGAAUAUAGAGCAAGACCCAAUGGUGACCCUAGAGAAGCUGCCAAACUUGAGAUUUCUCAUGUUAUCCCUUUGUUCCUCUAUGGUAAAGAAGAUGGUCUGUACUUCUGGAGGAUUCCUGCAACUCGAAACCCUUAUGCUCUGGGGUUUGAAAGAAUUAGAAGAAUUGAUUGUGGAGGAAGGGGAAAUGCCUGAUCUGAAGGAUUUAGUAAUUGAUACAUGCCCUAAAAUGAAAAGGCUUUCCCAUGGAUUGCUGCAACGAAAAAAAUUGCAGUAG